AAGGUUUCGCCUACAAGUGUGCUUCGAGCUGGUAAAAAAAACCUUUUGGGCUGUAAAAAAACGUAAAAGAUUUUAGAUGCAGCAAAAUAGUUUGAGGUUUUUUGACUCAGUUUAACAGGAACUGACCGUAGAAGAAACUCCACCUCUUUGGUUGCAUGAAGAAACAUAAAACAUUGCUUGUCAUUACCUCAUGAGGUUCAUUGUGAGAAGUAAGCAGCAGUGAAUGUUGUAAUUAACAUCAAACUGAUUUACAUCUUAAGGACCAGGAUGAUGAAUCUUCACCUCACUUUAACGCUCGUCUGUGUUCUUAGAGCUUCUGUGCUGGCUGAUGGUGCUAACAUACGACUCAAUGGUGGCAACAACUUCUGCUCUGGUAGAGUGGAGAUCCUGUAUAAUGACCAGUGGGGAACAGUGUGUGAUGACGACUGGGACCUGAAUGCUGCAGAGGUGGUGUGUAGACAGAUUGGAUGUGGUAAAGCUGUCACUGCCCAUCAAAGUGCCCACUUUGGUCAGGGAAGUGGUGAAAUAUGGCUGGAUAAUGUUCAGUGUUCUGGAAGUGAAAGCACCAUCACACAGUGCACUCACAGAGGAUUUGGAGUACACAACUGUGGCCAUAGUGAAGAUGCUGGUGUUACUUGCUCAGGUAGUAUACGACUCAUUGGUGGCAGUCACCCCUGCUCUGGCAGAGUGGAGAUCCUGUAUAAUGGUCAGUGGGGAACAGUGUGUGAUGACGACUGGGACCUGAAUGAUGCAGAGGUGGUGUGUAGACAGAUUGGAUGUGGUAAAGCUGUCACUGCUCAUCAAAGUGCCCACUUUGGUCAGGGAAGUGGUGAAAUGUGGCUGGAUGAUGUUCAGUGUUCUGGAAGUGAAAGCACCAUCACACAGUGCUCUCACAGAGGAUUUGGAACACACAACUGUGGCCAUGGUGAAGAUGCUGGUGUUACUUGCUCAGUCCGAGAGAUCAGGCUGGUGAAUGGUCCGAGUAAAUGUUGUGGUCGAGUGGAGAUCCAGCACAGAGCCCAGUGGGGAAUAGUGUGUGAUGAUAACUGGGACUUAAUGGAUGCAGAGGUGGUGUGUAGACAGCUUGGAUGUGGUAAAGCCAUCAGCUCUACUCGAAAGUCCCCCUUUGUCCAGGGAAGUGAACCAACCUGGCUGGGUAAUGUUCAGUGUACAGGAACUGAGAGCUACAUAGAUCAGUGUUCACACAGUGGAUUUGGAGUAAACUGUGGACGUGAUGAACAUGCUGGAGUCGUUUGCUCAAACAUGCAGAGUCCAACACUAACUUGGAUCUCCACAAACUCUGUUGUCUCACCUGGAGAAGUCCUUCAGUUCACAUGUACCACACCCAGUCCAUCAUGCAUCUCUGUAGACUUCAGUUUUUAUAAAACUGGGACAUUGAUAAUGAAACAGACUGCAGAAACUACAACAACAUUUACUCUGACUGUAGAUGCCUCACAUCAGGGUCAGUACACCUGUGACUACUCAUACAGGGAAAGUAACUCUACUUCAUCCAGGAGCAACGCCAUUAACAUCACUGUGGUGAACUUGCAGCAGCCCAAUAUCUCCUUCAUUGCUGCUGAUGGAUGGUACCACUAUGGGCCUGAAAGACCAGAAAUGAUCAGGGGCUAUGGCUUCUCCAUCAUCUGCUCCACUGAACCUCAGUAUGCAGGAGGUUCCUUCCACUUGGGUUUCAGUGAAUCCAACAUCUCCAGAACUCAGUCAGCUGUUAACCACUCAGCUGUCUUCCUUUUUCCUGAAGCAGAUUUUGAUCAUCAGGGAAACUACAGCUGUAUUUAUGAAGUUAAAGUGUCUUCACGUACCUUUACCUCCACUACCACAGAACAACUUUUUGUUGCUGUUAAAGCUAUGAUGAGAAAAGCAUCAGGGUGUGCUGUCUGCUGCUCACUGAUGUGCUGGUACAGUUCAUGUAGCGCAUCGUUCCUGUUGCUGUUGUUGGAGUUUGGGGGAAUGUAUACAGCAAUGAGCAGAAUGGCUGUAUAUUCCCUCAGCAGAUGGAACGGGCGGCACUUAAUACUCAUAAAGUCCAUCAGGGAUGGCGCUAUCAUACGACUCGCUGGUGGAAACAACCCCUGCUAUGGUAGAGUGGAGAUCCUGUAUAAUGACCAGUGGGGAACAGUGUGUGAUGACGACUGGGACCUGAAAGAUGCAGAGGUGGUGUGUAGACAGAUUGGAUGUGGAAAAGCUGUCUCUGCUCAUCAGGAUGCCCACUUUGGUCAGGGAAGUGGUGAAAUAUGGCUAGAUGGUGUUCACUGUUUUGGAAAUGAAAGCACCAUCGCACAGUGCACUCAUAGAGGAUUUGGAGUAAACGACUGUGACCAUGGUAAAGAUACUGGUGUUAUUUGCUCAGGUGCUAAAAAGGACAUAUGAGUGUCACCAAGCAGAGGCAGAAACAAUUUUCUACCGGAAGGAUGAUUCUAAGGACUUGGAUAAUGACUACAUUAAUGCAGAGCGUGAACAAUGAAGUGAUGCAGAUGAUGACUAUAUUAAUGUUGAUGCUGAGGAACAAAGAAAUGACUAUGAGCAUGCAGAAAUUUAAGCAAAGCAGAGAGUUCUACAAAGAGAUGUACAAAUGUACAAAUGUACAGAUGUAGUAGUUCAUUUGGUUUAUGGGUUCUUUCUAGUGUAACUUAAAGUAAUUAAAGCAUAGUGGUUAAAGCUAAAUUUAACAUUUAAUUCACAUUAAAGUUUGAUAAGGUGUGACAUUUAGACUUAAGUAGAAGUUAGUGAACCUUCAUCACUGUAACAUUUCAUCCAUUUUUACUUAAUGUGAGUUUAUAAAUGUUAUUUUUUUAUUUUAUUUUUAUUUUAUUUUGCUCACUUAUUUUCUUAAUAAAUUCAAUUUGUGUUCAUCUUUAAAAGUCA